AUGGAGGAGAUAUGUGUGUCAGACGACAUCCGAAUGGGUGCUUUGGCCAUUGAUUUGUGGCAUGGCUGGUUGUUUGUGAUAAGUUUGGCACCAUCGCAUCCGCUGCUCGCGCCUGCAGCGCCCAAAGUCACACAGGUGACCUUUGGAGCCGACCUGGCAGAGAAUGAGGCUUACGGCAAGCGCUGCCGGGGCGGUGCCAACGUCGGCCUUCGGACCGUUCUGGCGGAGGUGAGUUCUGAGGCAGAAAACUACAACAUUUGCUGCCCCAUUGAGGCCCGUUUGGUGGAAUUGAACGCUUUGUUGCAGGAGGACCCGCAGCUGCUGCAGCGGGCUCCCGAGGACGAGGGCUUCCUGGCGAUUCUCCAAGCGCGUCGGCCGCAGGACACCCAGCGCAUCCUUCAGAAACUGUUGGAUGAAUCCAGCCCGAUGCCUCCAGCUGGUGAGCUGUGA